UUUGUGUUCCAACUACGUAGAUACUGUAAAGGAAUCUAAAGUACAAACUUAGCACACGGCCGACACAGGAAGUGAUGGGGGCUUUACACCACGCUCAGUCUCGCCACCAUUUCCCUCACAUUACCCUUUGAGAAAGCAUUCACUUCCCUGUUUUGGCUGAGUGCUCAGAUAAAUCGCUGUGCUGCUUCAUAAACCUGUUGGCGCAAGCUUGUCAAGAUGUUUGUGUGAUUUCUGUGAUUUCCAACUCAUGUGGGCUAAUGAGUGAUUACUUCUACAUAAUGAGCAAAACAAGAAGUACUGAUGGAAGUGUGUUCUAUAAAACAACAGAACAAUGGAAAAAGGAGUUUUAGAAUGAAUCUGGGCCUAAACCUGUCCAACAUGUCUGUGGAGUCAGGGCUGGAGCAGGGGCCGGUGGAGUACCGCAUCUCAGGCCUGAUCUUCUACAGCUUUGUCUUCAUCAUAGGAGUCAUAGUCAAUGUCACCGCUUUAUGGGUGUUUGCCCUCACCACCAAGAAGAGGAACUCUGUCACCGUCUACAUGAUAAACGUGGCGUUGGUGGACCUCACCUUCAUCCUGCUGCUCCCCUUCAGAAUGGUUUACCACCACCAGGACUACUGGCCCUUUGGAGAUAUUUUCUGCAGAAUCAGUGCAGCUCUCACAAUCUUCUACCCCUGCAUGGCUCUGUGGCUGUUUGCUCUGAUCAGUGCUGACCGCUACAUGGCCAUCGUCCAGCCAAAGCACGGCAAAGAGCUGAGGAAUGUCCCAAAGGCUGUGGUGGCGAGUCUUGGGGUGUGGCUUAUGACUCUGGGCUCCACUGUGCCCCUUCUCUUCUCUGACGAGGACCCCGAUCGCAUCUCUAACUACACCACCUGCAUCAAGAUGCAAGACAUCAUCUACAUGCGCCACGACAACCCCGUCAACUUCGUGCGACUCAUCUUCUACUUCCUGGUUCCCAUUUGUAUAAUGAUUGGCUGCUAUAUUGUCAUUGUGGAUAAUCUGAUCCACGGACGCACCUCCAAACUCAAGCCAAAAGUGAAGCAGAAGUCUAUCCGGAUUAUCAUCACACUGAUCAUCCAAGUGUUGGUGUGUUUUGUGCCUUUCCACGUGUGUCUGGUGCUCCGUUUGCUGGGGGAUGGCGAAGAUGGGGGGUUUAGCACAUGGGCCGUCUUCACCACAUUCCUGAUGAACCUGAGCACCGUGUUAGAUAUCAUACUGUACUACAUUGUCUCCAAGCAGUUCCAGGACAGGGUGAUCAGUGUGAUUCUGUACAGGAACUAUCUGCGAAGUGUGAGACGGAAGAGCAGGCACACACAAACAGGCAGCGUCCGAUCAAUGAGCAACCUGACUAGCGCGAUGAUAUGAAGCAACCAUCAAACUUUCAUGUCAAACAGCACGCUGUUAUAUACUGUGCACGCUUUGGCACAAUGUAACACUGAAUGCAUCACUGUGUACAUGGUUCAUUAUCAGAAGGAUCAAAACUUGCAAUUAAUUUCCAAGGUGUAAUUUACACUCACAGUAUGGGAGUACUGCUGUUGUGGCAAAAACAUCUGUGUUCAGAGCUGAUUGACUCACCCAUGAGACUUGAGAUGUUUUCUGUGCAUCUUUGCUCUGGCAGGCAACGCACGGGUAUCUGUGGCUCAGGUGUAAUACAUGCAGGCGUAAAUAAAGCUCAUAGUCAUUAAAAACAUAGCCCACAGUAUCUUAGUGUUUGCUUUAGUAUUAUGAAUAAACACUGAAACUCUUCUCGGCCUUGUCACUACGUCAACCAACAUCUAUAAAAGGCCUGACUGCCUCCGCGGGAGGAAAACCUACAGGAAACAAUGGUGGGUUCUUAAAGGUUGCUGCUUUUGGUUGGUUGCUGCAGCAUAUUUGCAACUUCACCUCUGUAGCACCUCAGUUACGCAUAAUGGCUUAAAUAUAACUGUCAGUGCUGCAUGAUGUCAUGCACACGAGGUGCAAAUAAACUACGUUUGUUUGUGACUGGUGUCACUUCACAAUUUUAUAUUUUUUGAGUUUAAGCCCAACCACUUGAUACAGCACAUAGUUAUAACACAAGCAUUUUGAAUGGUGCUGUAAAUGUAUUGACCAGGUGAGGGCAGCAUGGCACAGCUAGAUCCCAUCUACCUGCCAGAGCAAGACAAACAGUGCUUUCUUUACUUCUAAAAUAAAUAGUGCAAGGUUUUUGAUUCUCCGAGUUGUUUAUACUAUUUUGCAUCUGCAUUUUAUCACAUUUCAGCUGGCUUAAUAAAAUCAAACAUUUUUAUUCUGCUUUUAUUCUGUGAAAUAACCAUUCCACCUCACCACAGAGAAGUUGUUAACUACCAGUUGUAACAGCUUCCUCAAACACGAAUCAGACUAAAGUGUGUUCAUGGUGCAAUGCGAAUCGUAUUGAUUAGAUGUUAAAUGAUUCAGUCACUUAAAGUGCAUUUACAGUAACAUCCUCAAGAGAUGUCAGGGAGGCUAUUUACUAGAUUUAAAGCAACCUUAACCUUAAAAGAAAAAAAUGUUUCUGUACAGGGAUACUUUAAUGUCAGGUCUCUGCUGUGAGUAUAAGCACCACGAUGCAAGACCCUGCAAUUUAUCCACAACGUAUUCCUCAAAUGACAGACGAAUGAAGUGAUGAGAUAGAAGCUAGUGAAUGUGUGACAGUUCUAUCUCUAUGAAGACUGUUUAAUUUAAAUGAAGGAAAAAAAACUCAGAUUUGAAUUUGACGGUUUUGAUAGGUGUCCUGCACAAACAUCAACCGAGCUAAGAAUUGAUCUGGUGUUGCCAUUUACUAAAAUAAUCAAGUUAGCAUGUCUGUCACACCUACACAGUCCUAACCGGAUUAGACAGUGAGUUAGUGUAGCUGAGUAACUAUGUAGUGUCUCAUGCAAUUAGACAGUCAAGACACCCCGUGGUGUAACCAGAUGUACCACAGCAAUUCUGAGAAUGGUUAUUGUAUGGAUGAUCAAUUGCAAAGAAAACUAAAGGAACUAUGUACUAUGUACUGUGCAAUAUUCUGGUUGUAUUAAUGUUCUCACAUCUUCACAAGCAAGCCCAGUUACAUUACAUGAGCUGAGGGAGUGUGGUAGAAGGAUAAACUGCACUGGGAGUCCAUAUGGUUCUUAGUUGGUUUGCACGGUGUUCAUAGGUCAAGAACUGGACAGACUGUAGGACAUAGAUGGGCAAGAUUUACACGGUUUUAAUAAGAGGAGGCAGACUACAAGAUUUCCAUCUCACAUGGAAUUCUGGGAACUGCAGUUCAUCACAUGAUGAUAGGUUUAUUGGCCGGUGGACUACAUGUGGAUUUAUAACCAAGAAGUCAAAGGUCAAAUGAAACAUCAGAGAGUCGUCUAUCUGUCCCACCUGUUAGACAUCAAAGAAAAACCAGCCACGCUGCUCACAGCAACUGGCAUUUAAAACAAUUAAGUUUCCUGUCAAGUCCCUGUGAUGAAUUAUCCGGAAGCUUUACCCGCUGUAAUUCUAAAUCUUCCCAACAAGUGCCUUUGUUGUAGAGAAAUUAAUGAAAACAAGAUUGUCUUUCAUAGGAGCUGAUCUAACAGCGCGACAGCCAGCUGCUCUUCUUUGGGAAUAAAAACAGUCAGCAUUAAACACAGCUCACACAAAAUACUUUUUUUUUUUUUUCUACCACUCGUGUGGAAAACAAAUCAGGCGGCGAGCGCAGUGGCCAUCUGUUUUGUUAUUUGAUAUGUGUGAAUACAUGUUGUAAUGACUUUGUUUGUGAAUCACUCUGCGCGGCAGAACACACGAGAGCUCUCGAAGUGCUGGAGUGUUCAAAGCUAAUCAUAUAAUUGGACACAAUAGUCGAUGACAAAUGGAGACGCUUGGAGCCAGCCAGCUGGGGAAGUGAAUAUGUAAUCAUUGUAAAAUCAUAUCAUUUUUGCAUAUUUGAAGACAGCUUAAUAGAGUUUGCGUGUCAGCACACUAUCAAAUGAUGAUCAGAGACAGUGUUGCUGUAUUUGUUUUUCUAAAUAGUGCUUUGUUGGACUUUAUCGCAAUUAAAAACGUUUCUCUGGA